AUGUCCACUCAAGGUACUGGAGUUGUUGAGGAUUUCGGUGUAACCUCGGAUGGGCAACGAGUUCAGCUGGUCACCAUAAAGACAGAAAAUUUAUCAGGUAUCAACCGACCGGCCUGUCUAAAGGUCUGUACCUUUGGAGCUGCAAUCGUAUCUUGUUGUGUGCCUGGGCGCAAUUCCGAUGGAGCCCUGGAUAUGUUUGACGUGGUUCUUGGUUAUAGGGAUGCUGAGAGCUAUGAAACAAAUCCUCCCUACCUCGGUGUGAUCGUGGGCCGAGUAGCUGGACGGAUUGAGAAUGCACAAUUUACGAUACCAGGCACGGACAAGGUAGUCCGGCUGACAAGCAAUUCAGAUGAUCGUCACUGCGUGCAUGGAGGGAGGAAAGGCCUCUCCCGCGUACUUUGGGACAUUAGCGAGUUAACCGGACAGUCAAUCACCCUAACCCAUAUUUCACCUAACGAUGCAGACGGCUUCCCCGGUACAAUGCGGAUCGAAGUCAAGUAUACAUUCUGUCGUGUGGUACAGACAGUCGAACUCCGGAUUGAGUAUCAUGCCAGUUUGGUUCCGGUGCCUCAGACUGCCUGUCCGAUUAAUCUUACAAACCACACUCUAUGGAACCUAGCUGGCCACUCAUCAGGUCCGUCAUGUUUGGCCAAACACGAAGUUUUUAUUGACGCCGAGAAGUAUGUUGAGCUGGAACCGGUUGAGCUCAUCCCUACUGGUCGUCUUAUCUCUGUGGAAAAGGGUACUCCACAAGAUUUACGAAAUUUCCGCCCCGUCUUCUCAGGAAUAAACACCCUUGGUGACAGGAACAAUCCUGGCUACGACCUUUACUACGUUUUCAACGAAACUACCAUCAACAAACCCCGUGCCGCUGUAUUUUAUGCACCAUCCGGAAUCCGCCUGCGUGUCCACACAGAUCAACCCGGAGCUCAGUUUUACACAGGCCACUAUCUGGAUCCGAAAAUUGACCCUGUUGGGAAGCAUGGUCUUCCCUAUGAGGCGAGCUCAGGGUUAGCCUUAGAAGUACAAGGCUGGCCCAAUGCCUGCAACCAACCUAAUUUUCCGGCCCGGUUUCUUCAUUCUGGUGGUCCGGCUUACACGCAGAAUACUACGUACAUUUUGGACGUGUGCGACCAACUAUGAGGUAUGGUUGCAUUGUCAAGAAAACCCAGCCUGUAGUGGAUAUAGACAAUCAUGCAAAGCGACAUAACUUUUUUAAUUGAUUUUUUUACUCGAUUCCUCUUUUAUUUUGCAGCUGAUGUAUUUAGGAGACUUGAUACGCCAAAUUCACAUUCAUAAUAUAUAAUCCAUAGUUCUU